CUCGCGGCAGCGCCGGCGGCGGCACCGGCCCCGGAGCGGCCCCGGAGCGGCCCCGGAGCGGCCCCGGAGCGGCCCCGGAGCGGCCCCGAGCCCCGGCUGCCCCCGCGCGCUCCGGCACCGGGGCGGACCGGGCGCUCCCGGCAGGUUCCGACCCGCCGCUCCCAGCCUGGCUGUGGCGUUGUUUGGCUCCGGAUCCGGUCUGUAAAUAAACCCUCGAGUCUGCCCUGGCCCGGGAUGGUGCCAGCAUGAGGAGGUGCUGCCAGGCCGUGGGGCUGCCCUGCCUGUUUAAGGGCGCGGGCAUGGCGGGCGCGCGGCCGCCGCGCUUCCUGCUGGUGUUCGACUUCGACGAGACCAUCGUGGACGAGAACAGCGACGACUCGGUGGCGCGGGGCCGCGCGCUGCCGGAGCCGCUGCGGCAGAGCCCGCGCGGCGGCUCCUACAACGAGCACAUGCGGCGCGUGCUGGCCUUCCUGGGCGAGCAGGGCGUGCGCCCCGCCGAGCUCCGCGCCGCCUACGAGAACAUCCCGCUGUCCCCCGGCAUGGCCGAGCUCUUCCAGCUGCUCUCCAGGCACCAGGAGCUCUUCGAGCUGGUGCUCAUCUCCGACGCCAACACCUUCGGCAUCGAGGCCAAGCUGCGCGCGGCCGGCGUGCGCGCGCUCUUCCGCAAGGUCUUCAGCAACCCGGCCGGCUUCGACCGGCGCGGCGUGCUCACGCUGGGGCCCUACCACAGCCACAAGUGCCCGCGCUGCCCGCCCAACAUGUGCAAGAGGAAGAUCCUGGCCGAGUACCUGGCGGAGCGGGCGCGCGAGGACGUGGAGUUCCAGCGCGUCUUCUACGUGGGCGACGGCGCCAACGACUUCUGCCCCGCCGGGACCCUGACGGCGGCGGACGUGGCGUUCCCCAGGAAGGGCUACCCCAUGCACAGGCUGAUCCAGGAGAGCCAGGAGAAGCAGCCUGGGGCCUUCCCGGCCGCCGUGGUGCCCUGGGAGUCGGCGGCGGAGGUGGCGCGGUACCUGCAGGAGCUGCUCCGCAGGAAAUGCUGAGGCCGCGGCGGCUCCGGGCUCGGCCGCGCUCCCGGGACCUUCUCCUGCCUUUCCCUGGCCAGGGAAGCACUUUCUGCAGGCCCCGGCCCUGCCUGGCCACGGAGCCACGGCCACGGCCGGCCCUGCGCCCUUUGGGACCUGACCGGGAUUUCUGGUGGAGCUGUCGCUUCCCUUCCCUUUUGGCCUCGAAAGAGAAUUCCCGAAAAUCCAGCAGCCGGCUCCCCGCGGGCUGGGCACGUCCUUGCUCCUGCCAUCCUCCCCCUGGGCUGCCUGGCCCCGGGCUCCUGAUCCCAUGGGAAUUCCGGCUGGGAAAUCCCUGCUCCCCGGGCUCCUGAUCCCGCUGGGAAUUCCGGCUGGGAAAUCCCUGCUCCCCGGGCUCCUGAUCCCGCUGGGAAUUCCGGCUGGGAAAUCCCUGCUCCCCGGGCUCCUGAUCCCGCUGGGACAUCCCUGCUCCCUGAUCCUGCUGGGAAUUCCGGCUGGGACAUCCCUGCUCCCCGGGCUCCUGAUCCCACUGGGAAUUCUGGCUGGGACAUCCCUGCUCCUUGGGUUUCUGAUCCCACUGGGAAUUCCAGAUGGGAAAUCCCUGCUCCCUGAUCCCGCUGGGAAUUCCGGCUGGGACAUCCCUGCUCCCCGGCCCCCCACACCCACCCCACGCCUUGCUCUGGGGCUCUCUCUCCCUGGGGAUUCGUUCUCGGGACAAAAUCCGUGCCGGGAGCGCCGGGAGAGCCUCGGGAAGGGGCCGAGCCUCCCCAGCCCGGCCCAGGAGCCGCAGCUCCCGCGGGAGCCGGGCCCGGCCUCGCCCCUUCCAGCCCUGCUCCUGUCCCGGGCUGUCCCCGCGCUGUCCCCUCCCUGCCCCGAGCCCUUCCCGGAUCGUGCAGGGUCCCUCCCACCCCGGGAGGGUCAAUUCCCCCCGGCCUGGGCACCUGCGAGGUGCCACAACCCCCCCGGGGGCACUGCUGGCACCAGAGGCCAGACCCCCCCCCCCACCGUGUCCCCCUCCGCAGCAUUAAUUAAUGAAUCACCCCUUCUAAUUGCACUCUGCAGGGGCACCUCCAGCGCCCUGCUCUCCGGGGCUGGCUCCUCCCGGAUUUAUCCCGGGUUUGUCCCGGUUUAUCCACAGCCUUCCCGGCCCCGGGGGCGGCGCUGGCCCCCCCAGCCCCGCAGGACAGAACCAAAGCAGCCCCGAGUUCUUCCUCCCCCGUCCCUCCUCCUCCUCUUGGACUGCGGGGAACUCAAAGCCAUGGAAUUAAAGCUGCAAAUCCGUGUGACAAAG